UUAUGUGUGUGCAAAGAUAUUUGUGUGUCUCAGCUUUAUCCACGUUUUAUCUAUUUUUAUAACACAAAAAGACGGUACAAAUUUUUUUAAUACCAUAAGCGAAAUCUUUUUGUUAGUUGGAUAUACUUGAUAACAAAAAAUGGAUUUAUUACGUUCAAUAAUUGAUAGUUUAAUGGACCCGAAAGUUGGCAUUCCUUAUGCGGUUAUAAUCGGUUACAGUGUUUAUUUUUUUUUCAUAAAACAGAAAAGCAGUGGAAAAACUGACCAUUAUGAGUGUUCAUUACCGAAAAUAUCACCAGUUUCAGGAACGAAUGACGAUUUUAAAAUGGUUUUAGUAGUCAGAAAAGAUUUAAAAAUGGGGAAAGGAAAAGCUGCUGCUCAGUGUGCACAUGCUGCUGUAGCAGCAUAUAAAAAAGCAUUGAAACAUCCUAAAAUUGUUGAAGGCUGGGAAGAUUGCGGCCAAAAGAAAAUAACUGUUCAGGUGGAUAAUGAAGCAGCGCUUAUGGAAGUUUACAGACACGCGAGGUCUGUGGGACUUAUAGCAGACGUUAUACAAGACGCAGGACGUACACAAGUUGCAAGAGGAAGUAAAACCGUUUGUGCAGUUGGACCAGGACCGUUCGAACAAAUAGAUAAAGUUACCACAAAAGAACAAGAGGUAUUUUUUGUAAAAUUUUUCCAGGUGUGAAAACUUUUUUCUACAGCUUUUUCGUAUAUUU